UCAUCAGGUUCAUAAAGGUGCGGGGGAGCGCCCACAGAUACGUGGGUUGACUUAAUAGUUUGGCUUCAGACUUCCCUCGGUCAAGUCAACAUUAAUAUAUACAAAGUCAGCUCUUUACUCUCGAUCUCGCGUAAUGUCGAAAGUCGUAAUCUCUUGCCUCUGCAGUGCUGCAAAGCAGACGGUAGUAUUAUCGCGCACCAAUGAAUCGACAUCCGGCCCUUGGGGUGUUGACCUAUGCCACUGCUACGACUGCCGCCAUAGUUCCGGUCUCCUGUGCGUAUCGUAUGCGCCUAUCCGGGUGCCGCCGUCUCUAAACGGCCUCGUCGCAUAUCCGGACGAGUCUGCGCAGCCCUCUACCACUGCUUCCCAGCGUUAUUUCUGUAGCACCUGCGGCUGCCACGUAUUCCGAUAUUACUCUACCGUUGGCGACGAGGAAAUCGGUAAGUCUUGGGAGGUAGCCACCGGCACCAUCAUCGCGCAGGUCAGCGUCGUCGACGAUGAUAAAUCGGUAGAGGGAGACGGCGGGGAGGAAGAGUCGCUCCUCCUGAGAUAUGCCCGACAUGUCAAUACCGACAGCACCAAAGACGGCGGCCUCUCCCCUUUUAUCAGGCUCGCUGGGGGGACCGAGCCAUCUAAAAAGAGGAGCCAGGUAAUAAACCAGAGCGGAGGCGGCGACAGCAAGGAUAUAAUACUCGAAGCGCACUGCCGCUGCAAGACGGUCCGCUUCUAUAUCACGCGUCCGGACGCCUCGAGCCGGCUCCCGCGGUCCCCGUUCUCGGAUCUUAUAGUCCCAACCGCGACGUCGCCGCGCGAGAUUAUCGAUAACCCCCGCGAUGAGAAAUGGUGGCUGCGCCCGCAAGGGAGGGAUAAUCCGGACCUGACGAGGUAUAUGGCCGGCACGUGUGCCUGUCGGUCUUGUCGGUUGGCUGCUGGUUUCGAGGUCCAGGCGUGGGCGUUCGUGCCGCGGAGUAAUAUUUUCUUUUUGCCGCCUGCUGCUUCUUCGUCAUCUUCCUCCUCAUCCACACAUCCUCCUCCUCCUCCUCCGUCAGAUAUAUCCUCCCACGCCCUCCCCCUCGACUUCCCCACCCUCCAGCAAACCUACUCUCCCCUCCGCACCUACGAAAGCUCGCCGGGCGUCUUCCGCGAGUUCUGCCCGCGCUGCGGCGCCUCCGUCUUCUGGCACGAUCGCUGGCGCCCUGACGUCGUCGAUGUGAGCGUCGGGUUGCUGGCUGCGGACGAGGGGGCGCGGGCGGAGAGAUGGUUGGAUUGGUGGCGUGGGAGGGUGAGUUUUCAGGAGGAUGCUGGUGAUGGAAGGGUUGGAGGGGCGGCGAGAUGGGGGAGAAAUGUGGUAGGGACGUUGGCGGAGGGGUUAAGAGGGUGGGAAGAGGAAGAUGGGAUGGUGGGUAGGUAGUUAAGGAAGGGAGCGGGGACUCCAGUGGGAGGGAGUUUGGAUUGUGUAUAAGUACGAAGUUGAUGUGACAAGUUAG